AUGGUAGGCUCGAAGGAUAUUGAUUUGUUUAAUCUGAGAGAGAACGAGCAAAUCGUUUCUCCUUGUCUUAUCGUCCACGGGAAAUGCAAUAAGCCAAAUGGUGCGAAAACCGUUCAGGUGCAGCAUCCCCAAUUACCUCCGAUUACUUACCCCAUACAUAACCAGUUCUUCAAGGCCACCGUGAUACUGACUCCUGGUGAGAACAAGUUGACGUUUGUGACGGAUACCAACACCGCUAGGACAAUUGUAUGUUACUACACGCCGCUGACGCAGAACCCUCCAGUGCAUCUGUGUUUGAUCUUGGCCAAGGACUCGCCCCAACAGUUUGACUCUCCUCAAGAACAGAAAGACAGAGAGGGUGGGAAUGGCCUUGAGCUGGCCAUUAAGAAGCUCAGACUUGGGGCCAGACUCAUGCAGGCGUACACGAACGAACAAAUGCUGAGAAACAGUAUGGGCAAUAGGACAUUUCCCUUUGUCGAAGAGUUUACAUGGGACACCCUGUUCGAGAAGCCCGCUAUGAGGAAUACUAUCAAAAUACACGUUAUUCGUUCUGAAAAGACGGUGAAGGAGAUCCAAGACCCUGACAUAGCUCAACAGAAUUCCAAAGGGAAAAACACCGGCGCCCUUUUUGGGAUAGCCAUGGACGCCCUUAAAAGCUACGGCGGACCCUUUACCAAUAAUGAAAAGCCUGUUCAGGCAGCUUGUAUGUUUCUAGAUACACAUUGGGAUGGUAAAUUGAUUAGAGGCCAUGCCGCAUUGGGUGGAGGUGACGACAGCAUUAAACUUGCUAUCUUCGGAUCGCACGGGCUAUAUUCAUGGCCUAGUUGCCUCGAGCAAUUGGUGCCUUAUUUCACUGAUGAGACAAGGUCCUCCACGAGCGAGGUGGCUAACGACUGUAACGAGUGUGGCACCUACUGGGAGUGUUUGACCAUCACGUUGGGUGCAUUUAUGCAUGAAAUUGGCCACUUGCUGGGCUGUCCUCACCAGGAGAGCGGUGUCAUGCUAAGAGGCUAUACUACUUUGAAUAGGUCUUUCUUGACUAAAGAGGCGUAUUCCGUGAGAACUAAUUCUACUGGUGCUAGCCCUCCUAUCUUCCCUAAGGAGGAGUGUACCUGGAAUCGUCUCGAUACGGUGAGGUUCUUGUACCAUCCUUCUUUCACUUUACCACAGGAUUAUUACGAUCCAUCAUUCAUGAGACCUACGAAGUUGGGCGGAUACCCAAAUAUAAAACAUUCUGUAUAUCCCUUGGGUAACGGCGGCUGCCGUAUCUCAUCACCCACAGGAAUCUAUUUGAUUGAAAUCAUUUGUGAUGAUUUGGCCAAGGGUCAUAUUGAAUAUUUACCGGUUUCCCUAGGUGGACAGGGGCCUCAGCGGGAAGUUAUGGUAACAUUGGAUGAUUUACGUUCCAGGUUACCCAAGAAUGAAAUUGCCAAAUUCGGUGAUACCUUCAAAUUGAAAAUUCUUUCCGUCAAUGCACCAGAAACUGAGUUCGACAAUUUCCCAUCUUUGCUGGAUGUUCAGCCGUUAGACAUGUCCAAAUAUGGGUUUUCUAAAAAUGUUCAAGGUAUUAAAUCACCACUCUAUGGUCGCAGUGAUGGUGGCAAUGAUGUUGGCAUCGUCGCUUUUGAUGUUAGAUUAGUCACUGCUGUGAGAAUAUACCAUGGUUAUGCAUUAGAUGGUGUGAGGUUUUAUUACAAGGAAGAACAAACACCAAUAAAGCAUGCUCCUGCAGCCAAACCCUCUGUACCACCGAGAAAUUAUUUCUCAAAAAUUACACGUAGUAUCAAAAGUCAUGCUUCGAUAAACGAAGGAAAUUUAAAGAGCGUACUCUUUGGACACGAAACACAAAAUUUUACGGAUGCUACAUUAGAACCGGGUGAAAUAAUAAUUGGGUUUAACCUGAGGUGCGGAGCUUGGGUUGAUGCUAUCCAAAUUAUAACGAGCCAUGGGAGAAUGACCGAUAUGUUUGGUAACAAAAAUGGGGGUGGCUUCGCUGAAUUGCAACCACCUAAUGGCCAAUAUAUCUUGGGUGUGACAGGCAAAGUCGGUCAAUGGGUCGAUGCCUUUGGAAUUAUCUACGGAGCUUUGUAG